AUGUUGCAACUCCGAAAUAUGGGAACGAUCGUGUGUUCCUUCUCCAUGAGUUUUCUUGCAAUACUUGUGAUGAUGAUGACGAUCCAAGUGGAGGCUCUUCCCAUUUCGAUCCAACAACAAAAGAUAUUCAUUCAACAAAAGAUGAAAAACACAAAUGCCUUGCUACCUGUGGGAAUCAAGGCUAGCGUUCAAGAAAGAGCCUUGAAUUACAUGGCCCAACAAUUGAUGCCACUGAUUCAAAAACAAUUGAAUGCUCCUAUUUCGGUUCCUGAUGUACAGGGUGAAGUUGAUACACCCAUUGGACAUGUCACUUACACUUUAAGUAGCAUUACUUUGAGUGGACUUGGAUUAUCAACACCUUCAAUUCAAGUCAAUGCUCAAGGAUUGGGAGUUACUAUUAGCUCAGCAACAGCACACAUGAAUUGCAAUUGGCAUUAUCGAGAAAAUUCAUGGCCUCAUAUUAGUGACAGUGGAUCUGCAGAUGCGGAUAUUACCAUUGCCAUCACAUUUAAUGUACAAGUUGUAAUUCAAGAUUCUACUCAUUUUAAUAUUGUACUCUCUGGAUUCAAUGCGAAAUUCACAAGUUUCAAUUUAUCAUUACAUGGAGGUGCAUCAUGGCUCUAUAACAUCUUUUUAAAUAAUUUUAAAAACUCUAUUGAACAAGCUGCACAAAAUGCUAUUAACACACAAGUUGCAGCAGCAGUGAAUGAAGUCUUGAGCAAUACAUUGUCCACAUUGAAUUUACAAAUUCCAAUACUUUCGUAUGGAGUACUUUUUGAUUCGACCUUACAAAGUGUUAGUUAUACACCCUCUACCUAUAUGACUCUUGGAACUGCAGGAAGAUGUUUUAUUAAGGGUCAACAAUCAUAUCCAGGACAACCUUCUUAUAUGCCAAACUCACUUGGGAAUGAUGUCAUGAUGGAAAUGUUUGUUAGUGAUUAUACUUUGAAUUCAGUUGGAUAUGCAUUUACUCAAGCAGGAGUUUUAAAUUAUUUAUUAACACAACAUACGUUACCUUCUGCUAUUACGUGGCUAUUCAAUACCACAAAUCUUCAAUUCUUUAUUCCUGCUUUAUAUAACAAGUAUCCAAAUAGAGAAUUACAAGUCGAUUUCACAGUGCCAACAGCACCAGUGUUUACAAUUUCACCAAAGGGUGUUGAAGUUUCCAUGAUUGCUCAAGCAAUUUUCCAAGUAAUUCUUCCAACAGGUCCCGUGAAUGCAUUUGCCCUCAAUUUGAAUGCUUUAUUAGAUUGGCAAGUGCAAAUUGUUGCGAAUAAUGUGACUGGUUCAUUAAGUUAUAAGAACGCUAAUGUGACUUUGGCAUAUAGCACAAUCGGAGAUUUGGAUGUUUCAUUAGUUUCAUCCGUUGUUAACCUUUUAUUCCAAUACGGAAUAGUACCCAUUGGCAAUGUGUUGCUACAGCGUGGCUUCCCAUUACCAACUGUGGAAGGAUUGACUUUGCAAAAUCCAACCGUUUCUUAUCAAACCGGAUUCAUUGCGGUGCGAUCUAACUUUGUGUUUGUACCUCCACCAAGCAAACAUUAA